AUGGUCGAAUGUCUGUCCACAUCAGACCAGUUAGUCGAUCAGCAAGUUGACAACCUACACAUCUUCGUAUUCGCUAUAUCGCGCUAUGCGUGGAGACAAGCCUUCCAGAUCGCCGUGCUCAUGGGUGGACUAAGUGUCAUGCCUGAUGCCGUGCUAGAUCGUGCCGGAUCUAUGGCUGACUCCCAUGGGACCACUGCUGAGUUCGAUGAGCUGAUCGCAGCCUUGGCUGCUGGUCAGUCGGGUCUGCCCGAUGACUUCGAAGAAAGGGCUCUUAGUGGUGGUAGCACUCUGGUCGUCACCGACUCAGGUGUGCUCAAUCAUAUGGGAGUCGACCCUGAGGGCCCGCAUGCGGUCGGCGACCUUCAUAGCCGUCUGAAGCGCUUCACAAGGGUGGUCGAGAAUCCCUCGAGGGUUGAGGUACUCACAGGCGGUGUCACAGGAUCUACUCGAGGCACGGUACACCACCCCGAGUUCGCCUCCAAGCUCUUCUUGGAGACUUCGGUCAGUGACUGCCCUAUGGUGGACAUUCUGCGUGUUCAUGAUUGGAACUACGUGGAGCCUAUCAUUUCGAAGUGUGAAGCUCUAAGGAAGCGAGCUGUGGCUGAGGGUGAGACCAAUAUGAACCGACGCAGUACGCCAAUUGACAAGACUGAUACAGCAGUCACUGUCGACUCGUGGGCAGCGGCACGAAAGGCCGCUGGCUGUGCGGUACUAGCAACUGACCAGGUUUGCUCUGGUACUGGUUACCGGAACGCUAUGGCGAUCAUUAGACCGCCAGGUCAUCAUGUUGCCUCUCGAGGAGCUGUGAAUCCUCAAUUAGAGGACGAAGACGAGGAAGGAGAUGGAUCACAAGGUUUUGCCUUUUGA